AAUCUAUUUUCGCCAUCAUUUUCAGUUUUAUUGAAUUGUCUUGAGAUACUACAUACAUGUAUAAUAAUUGUCAUUGGUAUCUUGUUAUCGUUCUCUUGGAAAUGUAGGCUGCAGUAGAAUGAGCUCGUCGUUUGUUCGUGUCGUAGUUCGUGAACGAGUUGCCCUGUUGCCGAAGUGCCUUGACCGUGUGCAGCAUCACGUUCUGGAAUAUUUGAAUGCUCGCGUCCUAAAAUAUUCGGAAUCUUUACAUGGUGUGGUGGUGGCUUACAGCAGCGUUCGUAUUCUACAGUCAACAACAGCGCUCGUAGCUGAGGACCCUCACAUUCGAUUCGAUGUGGAAGCAACGGUAACAGUAUUCCGACCGGUGGUCGGAUCUGUGCUGAAAGGCCAGCUAUCGAAGAUUAGUAUGGAUGUAGCAGCGUGCCUGGUGUACAAGUGUUUCAACGCUAGUAUUGUGCGACCAACUGAUGCGGGAGAGAGCUGGCCAGGCAAGGAUAUUGGUGAGAUGAUCAGCUUCACUGUAACGGGUAUCCAGCAAGCUCAUGGAGUGAUGUCAAUCAAAGGUGAAAUGGAGAGAGAGAGAGAGAGAGAGAGAGAGAAGAGAGAGAGAGAGAGAGAGAGAGAGAGAGAGAGACUCACCAAUAUCUUUUAAAAGUCAUGAGAGUAAGUUACAUUUAUAAAGACAGGUAAGAGAGAGAGAGAGAGAGAGAGAGAGAGAGAGAGAGAGAGAGAGAGAGAGAGAGAGAGAGAGAGAGAGAGAGAGAGAGAGAGAGAGAGAGAGAGAGAGAGAGAGAGAGACUCACCAAUAUCUUUUAAAA